GGGGGGGGGGUCAAUCGAGGCUGCUGUGAUUUGCCUGUCUCUGCCAGGCUCAGGGCUGGGCAGGGGAGGGUCUAACCCAGGCUGGGAUGUAAAUGCAUAUCGCUCGAGCUCCACCUGUUGCUCUCCCUGGCCAGGCCCCUGGAAAGUCCCGUCCCGGGGCUGGGAAGCAGGAAGGGCUCAAAGGUGUAGCUCGCCUGCCUCUCAGCCAGCCGGCCCACCCCGGCAGCGGGCUUCGGCACCAUGACCGUGGGGGCCCGGCUGGGGGGGAAGGUGAACGCCAAGUUCUCCCACUCGGGGCCUGGAGAGGACAGGGUCUCCAUCCUGGCGCGGCAGCAGCAGCAGCAGCAGGAGGAGGAGGAGGAGGAGGAGAGCCUGGGAGCCCCGGGGACCCGCCGCUCCAGGAAAGGGCGCUUCGCCUUCCUCCCGGACAGCUACGAGCCGCUGCGGCAGGAGGGCUCGGCAGGCAGGAGCAAGUGCAAGAGGAAGCUGAGGAAGUACAGCAAGAAUGUUGGCAAAGCUCUCCAGAAAGGAUGUCGCUACUUGGUGAUUGGCCUGCAAGGAUUAGCAACUGCAUAUGCAGCACCCUUUGGAGUAGCAGCAACAGUAGCCUCCUUGGUCCGCUAGAGUAGCUCUGCCUGUCUCAUAAAGGAAGAAAAAAUGAGCUUUCAUAGAGGAGCAUGGUGAUUUGUACUUUCCUAGCAUUAGAUCUGCUGCUGUGACCGGCAUCUGAAAAUUCUUUUCAACAACAAAGGAAGCCACUGACGUGACAGUAUUCGAAUGGAACAAUCGCAUUUCUCCAGUGAUUUUCAUGCAAACAUCUCAAGUGCUUUUCAGCUAUUAAAAUCAGAUCCAAUGAAAGAAUGUGCAAGCCCAAGGAAAUAAUCGUAGAUUAAUUAAGCCAAAGUUUGUAAUUCUAAAUGAAUUCAUUUACUCAAGCUAUGUGUUAAAAGGAGCAAAGAGGAAGGGAAAGCAAGUAGAAGAGGGAGAGUGGUAUGAGUGGAAAAACAGGAAGGGGAAUGAGGUUGAGAAGCAGUGGAGAUUUGAUGUUGGUUAUGAGGAGGAAUAGUCAAAAUAAUGGAAGGAAAUAGAGAUAGUAAAGGUAUCAAGAAAAGGUAACCUUUGAUUUGCUUGUAUAUUUUAAUGCUUUGUUAGUGACAGCUACAAUGAAUAUGUUCAGAAACUAUAUGCAGGGCUGGGCUUAGCUUUACUACCUCAGUAUUGCCAAUUCCAGACAUUGAGAAAUCAUUCCUUGGGCCUGGCAAAAUCAGGAGAUUUGCUCAAAAACCAUGAGAUUUGCUUAAAAAUCACAAGAUUUUAAGAAGAUAUAUAUAUUUUGCUUGCUUUCUGAUUUUUGAGCCUUUAGGGUUCCCUCUAGUCAUGUUGCCAAGCUUUUCUCUGUAAUUGUGAGGGCUAGAAAAUUACUUUUUUUGAAAAUGAAAGCUGAGAAUCUUGUGUAAUCACUUGACUCUGGGAGCUGGGGCUUUAAGAAAAAUACCAAAUAUCGCCAGACUCUGGAAGAAACACUACCAGGCACAUCUGAGGCCCAUAGAAUUCUACUCACUCUGUAUUCAUCUCGUUUUGUGAAAGUUGUAGUGAUGCCAUAUCAAAAUGAAACUUUCAGAUGGCUGGGCUAAGAAAUUUGGAUGGAGAUCUCCUAGCAUCACACUUUGAGGGAAACAAAUCUGAACUGUUAUUGACAUGACAUCAAGCAUUUUCCUCACUAAUAUUUGGAGUUUUACGUUAUGCUUUUCUGCCAUUCUUUUAAGUAAAUCUUGUUGGCAUGUUCUCUUUGCCUUAUUAUGAAAGAACUGGAAUUGCCUCUCUUAACAACCCAGAUGUGUUUCUCUGAAUGGUGAUCAGAAAAAUGAAGAACUGUAAAUAAAAAUAAAAAUGCUUCCUUUG